GAGAACGCCCUUUCCAGUGCAAUCAGUGCGGAGCCUCCUUCACACAGAAGGGCAACCUUCUGCGCCACAUAAAGUUGCACUCGGGUGAAAAGCCCUUCAAGUGUCACCUGUGUAACUACGCCUGCCGUCGCAGGGACGCCCUCACAGGACACCUGAGGACUCACUCGGUUGGCAAACCCCAUAAGUGUGGAUACUGUGGUCGCAGCUAUAAGCAGCGCAGCUCUUUGGAAGAACAUAAAGAGCGCUGUCAUAACUACCUGCAAACCAUGAAUAUCUCAAGCAGCCUUUAUUCAGUCAUAAAAGAGGAAACUAACCAGAGUGAAAUGGCUGAAGACCUGUGCAAGAUAGGGUCAGAAAGAUCCCUCGUGCUGGAUAGACUAGCAAGUAACGUCGCCAAACGUAAGAGCUCUAUGCCUCAGAAAUUUGUUGGUGAGAAAUGUCUGCCCGAUCUUCCAUACGAUGCCACCACCAACUAUGAGAAGGAGAACGAGAUCAUGCAGACGCACGUUAUAGACCAGGCCAUUAACAACGCCAUCAGUUACCUGGGGGCAGAGUCCUUGCGUCCCCUUGUCCAGACACCGCCAGGUGGUUCUGAGGUGGUGCCUGUCAUCAGCCCCAUGUAUCAGCUCCACAAACCUCUGGGGGACAAUCAGGCUCGCUCCAACCAUACAGCUCAGGACAGCGCCGUGGAAAACUUGUUGCUGCUUUCCAAAGCCAAAUCUGUCUCCUCUGAACGAGAUGCCUCUCCCAGCAACAGCUGCCAAGACUCAACAGAUACAGAGAGCAAUAACGAGGAACGCAGUGGUUUAAUUUACCUGACAAACCACAUAGGUCCCCACGCAAGAAAUGGCAUCUCUAUAAAAGAAGAAAACAGGCAAUAUGAUGUCUUGAGGGCAGGUACUGACAAUUCUCAGGAUGCUUUCAAAGUGAUCAGCAGCAAUGGGGAGCAAGUGAAAGUUUACAAGUGUGAACACUGUCGAGUCCUCUUCCUGGAUCACGUGAUGUAUACGAUCCAUAUGGGCUGCCACGGAUUCCGUGAUCCUUUUGAAUGCAACAUGUGUGGCUACCACAGCCAGGACAGGUACGAAUUCUCUUCCCACAUAACUCGAGGGGAGCACCGUUUCCACAUGAGUUAAAACUCCUCCGGCACAGAUCUAGCCUCAACAGCUGUGCUACUGGAGCUGCAUGAGCCGCAACAGCAACAAAGCGCAAGUCAGCUGGACAGUAAAAGUACAAGAGAAUCAACAGUUCAGCUGUCUUCUCCCACAAGAAAAGAUUUUUCCUUUUGGUAGCAUGCAUUGCAACUCAGUUUUCUAAAAUGAGUACUAAAGUUUUUACUGAAAAUGUUUGAUCACCAAAAACCUUUAAUAAUGUAAGUAGGAGCUUUUGUAGUCACAUAGCUGAAAGCCCUUCCCUUAACCGAUGCUUCUUGCAAACCUCCCUUGCCAAAACUGUUACCCAUGCGCAGGAUGCACGACGAGGACGCAACCGGCAGGAGUGGCCAAGCUUUCUCUCUUAACACUCUGAGCGCAGGGCUCUUUCUUACGCCAGAUGUAUGUUUUUUGACUUCCUGGUAUUAUCUGACCCUUUUGGGAAGAUUAAACUCAACUAAAGAUGGAGGGGCCCAUCUCAGAUGACUUCACGGACAGAUGGGGUGGGACGGGACC